AUGUUGGAUGACAUACGAGUUCAAAAAAUGUGUCUCAUCAACAAAGUCUAUUCCGUCUUUGUGCCUCAAGAAAUGCUUUACGUCUACCUGCCUAUAAGAGUUGGACUCGCUGGUCAGCUUGGAUUAGCUUUCGAUGAAGUAGUGGAUAUCAUUAAUAUGAUCUUAAGUUGCAACGUCAAUGUAUAUUUCACUUUUGUACAGGCAUUCAAGCAUGCAAGAGAAUGGUGA